AUGGGAGGGGCAGGAAUUCUGCUGCUGCUGCUGCUGGCUGGGGUGGGCGUGGGGGAGGCCUGGAGACCCCCAAAGGGAAAGUGUCCUCUGAGUUGCUCCUGCUCUAAAGACAGUGCCCUCUGUGAGGGCUCCCCGGACCUGCCCGAGAGCUUCUCCCCGACCCUGCUGUCGCUCUCACUCGUUAGGACUGGAGUCACCCAGCUGAAGGCCGGCAGCUUCCUGAGGGUACCGUCACUGCACCUGCUCCUCUUCACAUCCAACUCCUUCUCCGUGAUCGAGGACGAUGCGUUUGCGGGCCUGUCCCACCUGCAGUACCUCUUUAUCGAAGACAAUGAGAUUGGCUCCAUCUCUAAGAACGCUCUCAGAGGACUCCGCUCACUCACACACCUAAGCCUGGCCAAUAACCAUCUCGAGACCCUCCCCAGAUUCCUGUUCCGAGGCCUGGAGACCCUGACUCACGUGGACCUCCGCGGGAACCCGUUCCAGUGUGACUGCCGUGUCCUCUGGCUGCUGCAGUGGAUACCCACCGUGAACGCCAGCGUGGGGACUGGGGCCUGUGCCGGCCCCGCCGCCCUGGCCCACAUGCAGCUCCACCACCUCGACCCCAAGACGUUCAAGUGCAGAGCCAUAGAGCUGUCCUGGUUCCAGACGGUCGGCGAGUCAGCGCUGGGCGUAGAGGCUUUCUCCUACCAAGGGGAGCCCCACGUCGUCCUGGCACAGCCCUUUGCCGGCCGCUGCCUGAUCCUGACCUGGGACUACAGCCUGCAGCGCUUCCGGCAGGAUGAAGAGCUGUCUGCACCCUCGGUGGUGUCCUGCAAGCCGCUGGUGCUGGGCCCGCGCCUCUUUGUGCUGGCCGCCCGCCUGUGGGGAGGCUCGCAGCUGUGGGCCCGGCCCGGCCCCGACCUGCGCCUGGCCCCGCUGCAGGCCCUGGCUCCACGGCGGCUGCUGCGGCCCAAUGAUGCCGAGCUCCUGUGGCUGGACGGGCAGCCCUGCUUCGUGGUGGCUGACGCCUCCAAGGCGGGCAGCACCACGCUGCUGUGCCGGGACGGGCCCGGCUUCUACCCACGCCAGAGCCUGCACGCCUGGCACCGGGACACAGAUGCCGAGGCCCUCGAGCUGGACGGCCGGCCCCAUUUGCUGCUAGCCUCCGCCUCGCAGCGGCCUGUGCUCUUCCACUGGUUUGGGGGCCGCUUCGAGAGGCGCACGGACAUCCCCGAGGCCGAGGACGUCUAUGCCACACGCCACUUCCAGGCCAGCGGAGAUGUGUUCCUGUGCCUGACACGCUACAUCGGGGACUCCAUGGUCAUGCGCUGGGAUGGUUCCAUGUUUCGCCUGCUACAGCAGCUUCCCUCUCGCGGUGCCCACGUCUUCCAGCCACUGCUCAUCGCCAGGGACCAGCUGGCUAUCCUGGGCAGCGACUUCGCCUUCAGCCAGGUCUUCCGCCUUGAGCCUGACAGGGGGCUCCUGGAGCCACUGCAGGAGCUGGGGCCCCCAGCCUUGGUGGCCCCCCGUGCCUUUGCCCAUAUCACCAUGGCCGGCAGACGCUUCCUCUUCGCCGCUUGCUUCAAGGGCCCCACACAGAUCUACCAGCAUCACGAGUUAGACCUCAGUGCCUGA